CGCCCUGCGCAGCUGCCCCGGGGAGCCUGAGAGAAGCUUGUGCAAAGAUGGGGAGUCCCUAAGUGGCCACAGGGCGUGGUCGUCCCGCGGGCGGUGUGAAGGGGCUGGCCGGUCCCGCUGGGGCUUCACCUACUGGCCGCCGCCAGACCUGACCCGGAAGUGAGUCCAUCAGCUUCUCAAAACUACCAAAAGAUUAGGAUGUGCUGCUUUAUGGUUUCGGCAGAACGUAAGCAAGUUAAGGGAGGCCUCAGAAAGACUCCAUAGAGACGCCCAGGGGAGCCUGGGUCAACAAGAAGAGGCGUGGGGUAGGGAAGCGGAUGGCCCAAGAUGGACAGCUCUCCCUAUUGGGAGCCACAACAGCAACCACAGACACCAGAAUCAGAUGCUGGUAUGUGCUCACAGCCAGCCAGGACCAGUAAUCCAAUGGCCAACAUUCAAACACCAAGGAAGACAAGAAAGCAAAGGGAAUGAGUCUGUCCUUUGGCCACAAUCAUCUUGUUUCCAGCUGCCAUGGGAGACCAGGAGAGGAGGUUCCUGGCACACUCUGCACUCUCAGGAGCCCCUCACACAGGACGUCAGACGUUGCAGCUUGGGCCCCUCUUGACUGGACGGCAAGAACAGAGCUGCUGACAUCCACAGCCCAAGAUCCUUCUGAGAUCCCAGGGAGAGAUAGGUGCCCACGUGCCCAACGACGUUCCUGAAGCGAGCUCGGUGGUCUGAGAGGGAACAAGGCAGAUAAAGCGAUCUCUGAGGACUACCCUGGAAACAGGAGUCGUGCUCCUUCGUGAAGCCGUCUGUGGCGUCAGCGAGUCAUGGAGAAAGAAAAACCUGAAGUGAAACCCAGCACACCCGCACCCAGCAACGAGGAGAAGACACCUAGACCCUCAAGACGCCCCAGGCCUUCCCAAAAUAUCCUGUGCUUUUUACUGAAUAGGCAGCUGGGGAGGCACAGAAGUGACGUGGACCUGUCCAUGUGGGUGUGGAUGCUGGACUGAGCCACGCCCCGGUGCAGGUGGCCCCUUCCAAACAACCAUGGGUCUUGCCUGCUCACCCCCACCCCCGCCCCCACCUGUUGAAAAUGCAAAAGAAAAAUGGAUUUAAAAUAACAAACACCUCUCUCGUGUCAGCUCUUGAAAUAAAAGCUGCGUUUUCCUC